AUGCAAGGUUUUCCUGGGAUCAUCGGAGCUGUCGAUGGAAGCCACAUCCCAAUAAGAACACCCACAGAAUAUCCAGAAAAUUACAUCAACAGGAAAGGUUUUCCAUCUGUGAUUUUACAAGCAGUUUGUGACCACAAUAUGAGAUUCAUCGACAUCUACUGUGGUUGGCCUGGUUCCGUGCACGAUGCACGCGUUUUAAGAAAUUCUCCCCUUUGUGAGAAGGCCGAUGACAACGCUGACGACAUUCAGGAGUAUAUUCAGGAAGGUAUCGCAGAGACGGAAGAAGUGAAUUAUUGCAAUGACAUUAUGCGUGAAUCAAAGAGUGGACUUAGGAAAAGAAAUGCUAUUGUAGACCUGGUUCAGUCAUAG